AUGUCGAUGCGUCUAGUACCCUCUGCCAACCACUCCUCCUCCUUCACACAUCUCAAGACCGCUGGCGCUCCUUCCGCGCCCGGCCUGCACGACACACUCCGCCACGGCGUCGGUCCCACACCUUCACACCUUGGCGAGCCCUCGGCUCCCGUUUCGCGACACCCGCUCGAGUCCCGCCUGAAGGCCUGGCAGUCCACCCAGGAUGCCCUCAGAAUGGAGACGCUGCGCAAGACGUUCGGCAUCGCGGAGCCGAUCCGCCGCGGCAUGGAGGCAAAGAUUGUGAGCGAGGGCUCAUGGCGGCCGGCUGCGCUGGGCGGUGGCCCCGGCAAGAACAGUGUACACGAGGAUAUCCUGGCCGGCCGGGACACAAGCUGCGACUGGGAGGAUGUGUUCACGGGCGAGGAGCAGCAUGGCGCUGUGGGUAUCCAUGACGAGAUGGAGCGGAAGUUGAGAAUGUAA